CUUCUCAGUCCUUUCACAACGGUUUGUCCAUUGCCAAAGUCCAACAGUGCUGUGAGGCUGAAAACACCAUGUCUAGUAAUUUUGUCUUGGAGCUGAGCCUCUCUCCCUCAGACUUGAAAACAGAAUUUGAGACACUUUUCACCUCUGACUGCCUACAUUUCCUUCAUCAGUUAAUCUCCACAUUUGAGGAGGAUGUUGAUGAGGUCCUCUGUUUACGGAUGUCUACAAAAGCCCGGUUAGACCAGACAGGAGAACUGCCAGGUUUCAGACAGGACACGGCCCACAUUAGGAGUAACCCGGACUGGACUGUGCUCCCUGUCCCUGUGCGGCUCCAGAAAAGACACGUGGACAUUGGAGAUUUAGCCCCAUGUGACAGCCAGCGCUUUAUUCAGGCUCUGCAGUCACCAGCACAAGGCAUACAGGUUGAUUUUGACGAUGGAAACUGCCCAACUUUCCACAACCAGAUCAAGGGUAUUCACAAUGUGUGGAAAGCAGUGCACAACCAGUUCCCCAGUGUUCCUCAUAUAUCAAAGGCCCCAGUCCUGAUGCUUCGCCCACGAGCCUGGAACAUGGUGGAACAUAAUAUGAUGGUGGAGGGAAAGCAAGUUCCAGGGGCUCUCUUUGACUUUGGACUGCUUAUGUUUCACUGUGGAAAGACACUUUUUGAAAACAGAAGUGGUCCAUUUUUCUAUUUAUCCAAAGUAGAAAGUUUCAUGGAAGCCAGACUAUGGAAUAAGAUAUUUCUUUGGACUCAACAUAUGUUAGGACUUCCAGUGGGCACUAUCAAAGCCACAGUGCUUAUUGAAAAUGUACUGGCUGCUUUUGAAAUGGAGGAGAUCCUGUAUGAGCUGAGAGAACAUUCAGCUGGCCUCAACUGUGGAAUCUGGGACUAUUCUGCUUCUUUCGUUAAUAAGUUUGGUCACCGCAGGGCAUUCCUGUUGCCUGACCGCAGUAAAUAUGUGAAUAUGGAGAAGCGUUUUCUGCGGAGCUACAUGGACUUGCUGGUUCAGACGUGUCAUAGGCGCGGAGCUCUAGCCACAGGCGGGAUGGCUGCCCUGCUGCUGCCCCACAACACAAACAGCCAGGCUCACCACACAGUGUUGGCUACUGUCACCAGACUUAAAUUACUGGAAAUUAAAGCUGGUGUGGAUGGUUUUAUGGUGUAUGACCUAAACUUGAUAAAACCUAUGCAGAAACUCUUUGAAGUACAUACCGACAGUGAAAACCAGCUUCAGCAGCUUCGAGAGGAUUUUGUGGUGACUCCAACAGACCUACUGUCCAUGCCAUCAGGAGGAGUCACUUUAAAUGGGUUGAGAUACAAUAUUGCCGUUGGUGUCCUGUUCAUAAAUGCUUGGCUCUCUGGUAAAGGCCAUUUCUUCUACCGAGGCCAAGUGGAAGACUCUGCCACAGCCGAGAUAUCAAGAUCUCAGGUGUGGCAGUGGAUUCGCCAUCAAACUCGACUAGAGGAUGACGGCCAGGUGGUGAACAGGCAAAUGGUGGUUGCCCUUGUUACCAUGGUCACAACUGAGCUUAGUAUUCACUGCAGUUCAAAUGGGGCUAAACAGCAGCUUCAGACCGCAGCCGACAUGUUCUUAGAGGUGGUUUUAAAAAGAGAUUUCCCAGCAUUCAUCACCACAUAUCUAUCUGAAGAUCACACCUUUUUAAAUAUACACAACUCCAGACAAACGAGAUCACUGCAAUCUAAUCUGUGA